AUGACAGAGGACGCCGGUGAACAAGCUGGAACUGGAGAAGGACACUGGAAUCGGAGAAGAGCAGAAGCUGAGAGUUCUGGAUUUUUCUUCCUCUCUCCUCUGGUUGACACAGACACUUGGAGGAAGGAUGUUAAACCAAGAGAUAUUGAGGAUGCCAUCAAUCAUGCAGCACCAGGAAAACUUAGGGUCAUAUCUGUUUCUGAGGUAUCGCGCAUCUUUCAUCCUAACUUCUCUGCAAAAUGGAGGCAUUACCUGUAUAUUUUUCCGCUCACUGAUGGUGAGUACAGGGACCGAAGCAGUGGAGCUGGGUUCUGUGAGAAUGUUGAAUCUGAUGAUAUUCAUGAUUCCACUGGCAAGGAAUUUAAAAGUGAAAAGAAAUCUUAUGUUUUCAGUGUAAGAAAGGUGAAUCAGCUUUUACGACAAUUAGAAGGGAAGCUGUUAUCCUACAAGAUGUUUGCCCGUGACACAAAAGCUUCAAGAAAUGAUGGUCCACCAACAGAGUGCUUUCUUUUCCAUGCUCGAGCCAUGGAAACCAGAUUAUGUGCUACUGUUCAUGCAAAAGAGACAAGGGUUAUGUGCGUUGAGUUGGUUGCUAAUCGCUUUUUACGCAAGAUGGUUCGAGUGCUUGUAGCAACCUCAAUAAGAGAAGCUGCUGCUGGUGCAGAAGAUGACGCCUUAUUGAAGCUUAUGGAAGCCACAUGCCGGCGUGCAACUGCUCCUCCAGCACCGCCUGAUGGCUUAUGUCUUGUUAAUGUAGGAUAUGCAGAAUUCGAUCCGCAAAACUGCUUCAUUCAGAAAGAGUGAGGUGAUAGUUCAAUAUUGAAUCUUCCAGAGGAUGGAAAUGAAGAGAGUAUUAUGGUGAGGGACCAUUGAAAGAUCGUUUGCUUGUUGCAGGCGAACAAGAAACAUGAGAUUAAACUGAUGCAAGGAUCAGUUCGAGCUUGAUAGGCCAAGAAAUCCUGAGGGCAAGAGAAUAUGAAAUUUUGUUUCAUGUAAUCCAUGUUCAGUAGCAUGUGGAUUGGACUUUAUUUUGACAUUUGAGCCUUGUAAUGUAUUAGAAGUCAUUUAGAUUAAUUUUGAAUGGGCUGACCACUAAUUUAAUUUGAGACCAUAUGUUUAAUUGUU